CGCAUCAGCCAGUUCAUCCGGGUCACUCGGAGCUUCCGCUAAUGAGACUGCAGGUCGCUGUUUGGACAAAACGGAAAAAUAUAUAUAUAUUCUGAAAUUGUUGUUCGGUUGGUCUCUGUAGCGAAUAUAUCUAUUUUCCUUUUAAAUAAAAAGUUAAGAUAAAGUUAAGACAGCAGCGUUAAACAGAAACUUUUCUCCUAGCUUUUGUACCAUGAUUUAAUAGCUAACAUUUGGCUAACAGAUGUUAGCUUAUAGCAAAUGCAUCAAGUUAUCUAAAUCCUUGGUUUACAAAAUUUGAAGAGCCGACAUAAGGAUGUCUGACUCUGACAGUGAUGAGGAUCAAGGUCGCCCGUUUUCCAUCACCGGCUUCCUCUUUGGAAACAUCAAUGAAGACGGACAGUUGGAGGAUGACAGCGUUUUGGACAAUGAGUCCAAAAAGCAUCUUGCUGGUUUAGGGACUCUGGGUUUCGGCUCUUUAAUUACAGAGAUUACUGCCAAUGAGUGUGAGGAAAAAGACAAUAAAGAUUCAGAAAAUGUAGAUGGAGAAGGUUGGGUGAAAAGCACUGAAGAUGCAGUCGAUUAUUCUGACAUCAGUGAGGUGGCUGAAGAUGAGACCAAAAAGUACCGUCAGGCUAUGGGGUCUCUGCAGCCAAGCCGGAAAACUGAUGAUGAAGACGACUAUGAUGCCGACUGUGAGGACAUUGACUCUAAGCUUAUGCCUCCACCGCCUCCGCCCAGUCUUUCAUUGCCAGGAGAGAAGGAGGAAUCCUCAAGUCAGAGCACAAAUGGUAAAGAUUCAUGCACUGUGGGGGAAGAGGGUGAUGGCAUCAUCCUGCCCUCCAUCAUUGCCCCAUCCUCUGCUGCUGAUAAGGUGGACUUCAGCAGCUCUUCCGACUCUGAGUCAGAAACUGACCGACCUUGUCAGACCUCUGGAUCUGGAGGCCCCCCCGACAUACUUACCCUCCCUCUUGCUGGCAUAAUGCAGAAAGACGCAGCCAAAGCUCUGCCCGGCGUCACCGAGCUCUUUCCAGAGUUUAGGCCCGGCAAGGUCCUCAGGUUCUUAAGGCUGUUUGGUCCUGGAAAGAACAUGCCGUCAGUUUGGAGGAGUGCCCGCAGAAAGAAGAAACGGAAGCACAGAGACCCUCAGCCUGGAACACCUCCACCUGAAGGUGAGGUGUCAGAACAAGGUCAGGAGAAAAAGUCUGGAUGGAUUUAUGAGUACGCCCUCCCGCCACCCCCAGAGCAGUGCCUCUCUGAUGAUGAGAUUACUAUGAUGGCUCCAGUAGAGUCAAAGUUUUCACAGACCUGUGGGGAUGGAGACAAGGAGACUGAGUCUCGACCGAAAGUGGCAGAAUGGAGAUACGGUCCAGCUCAGCUGUGGUACGACAUGCUGGGAGUACCUGAGGAUGGAAGUGGUUUCAACUAUGGGUUCAAGCUGAAAAAUUUGGAGUCCAGUGAGCUUGAGAAGCAGGAUAUCCCCAAGGAAAUCGCAGAGAUUCCUCAAGAAAAGGUUCAGAGCCAAGAGGAAAUGAAUGACAACGACGGAGAUGAUGAUGACGGAAAUGAAGACAAAGAGGCCUUAGAGAACGAGGUCUUCUUGAUGGUCACUCAGCUCCAGUGGGAGGAUGAUAUCAUUUGGAAUGGAGAAGAAGUAAAGCACAAGGGAACCAAAACUCAGAGAGCCAGCCUGGCAGGAUGGCUUCCCUCCAGCAUGACGCGCAACGCCAAUGCUUAUAAUGCACAGCAAGGUCUCACUAGAAGUAAUUCUCAGCUGGUACCACCAACCCCUCCACCCAUACCCAAAGCUCCUACAAUCUCAGGUGCUAAACGGGACAAAAGCAGCCUCGAUCAUCAAGCUUUUCAAGAGGAAUCCUGCUCCUGGUAUUCCAUUUUCCCAAUCGACAAUGAAGAGUUGGUGUAUGGCCGAUGGGAAGACAACAUCAUCUGGGAUGAUCAGGAGAUGGAUCACCUGCUCGCACCGCCUGUUCUUACACUGGAUCCCAAUGAUGAGAAUAUUAUUCUAGAAAUUCCCGAUGAAAAGGAAGAAGCCACCUCACAUUCACCAUCAAAAGAGAAUAAGAAGGAAACUGCAAUUAAGAAGAGCCGCAUUUUGUUGGGAAAGACUGGAGUGAUCAAAGACGAGCCACAGCAAAAUAUGUCCCAGCCUGAAGUGAAGGACCCCUGGAAUCUCUCCAAUGAUGAGUUUUACUACCCCAAACAGCAAGGUCUGAGAGGAACUUUUGGGGGCAAUAUCAUUCAGCAUUCAAUCCCAGCUCUGGAGCUGAGGCAGCCAUUCUUCCCCACUCACAUGGGACCCAUGAAGCUCCGCCAGUUCCAUCGAACGAUACUAAAGAAGUACUCGUUUGGAGCUUUAGCUCAGCCGGGCCCCCACGCUGUUCAGCCACUGCUCAAACACAUAAAGAAGAAGGCCAAGAUGAGAGAGCAGGAGCGGCAGGCCUCAGGAGGUGGAGACAUGUUCUUCAUGCGGACGCCACAAGACCUGACAGGCAAAGAUGGAGAUCUGAUUCUAGCAGAAUACAGUGAGGAAUACCCGCCUCUCAUCAUGCAAGUGGGCAUGGCAACAAAGAUCAAAAACUACUACAAAAGAAAACCUGGAAAAGAUCCUGGAGCGCCGGACUGUAAGUACGGAGAGACCGUGUACUGCCACACGUCCCCCUUCCUGGGCUCUUUGCACCCUGGACAGUUACUCCAGGCAUUUGAAAACAACCUUUUCCGGUCCCCAAUCUAUCUGCACAAGAUGCCAGAAACAGAUUUCUUGGUCUUGCGAACCCGGCACGGCUACUACAUUAGAGAGAUUGUUGACAUUUUUGUAGUUGGACAGGAGUGUCCCCUGUUUGAAGUUCCAGGGCCAAACUCCAAACGAGCCAAUACUCACAUCAGGGACUUCUUGCAGGUCUUUAUUUACCGCUUGUUCUGGAAGAGCAAGGAUCGGCCCAGAAGAAUCCGCAUGGAGGACAUCAAGAAAGCUUUUCCAUCACACUCAGAAAGCAGCAUCAGGAAACGACUCAAGCUGUGUGCUGACUUCAAACGUACAGGGAUGGACUCCAACUGGUGGGUGCUGAAGCCUGACUUCAGAUUGCCCACGGAAGAAGAAAUCCGAGCCAUGGUGUCUCCAGAGCAGUGCUGUGCUUAUUACAGCAUGCUCGUGGCAGAGCAGAGGCUUAAGGAUGCCGGAUACGGUGAGAAAUCUUUCUUUGCCCCUGAAGAAGAGAAUGAGGAGGACUUUCAAAUGAAGAUUGACGACGAGGUGCGGACAGCUCCUUGGAACACAACACGAGCGUUCAUCUCUGCCAUGAAGGGGAAGUGUCUGCUGGAGGUGACGGGUGUGGCGGAUCCCACAGGCUGUGGGGAGGGUUUCUCCUAUGUCAAAGUGCCCAACAAGCCCACUCAACAGAAGGAUGACAAAGAGCCUCAACCUGUCAAGAAGACGGUGACGGGGACAGACGCAGAUCUCAGGAGGCUUUCACUUAAGAACGCCAAGCAGCUGCUUCGCAAGUUCGGAGUACCGGAGGAAGAAAUCAAGAAACUCUCCCGCUGGGAGGUGAUCGAUGUGGUGAGAACGAUGUCCACAGAACAGGCGCGCUCAGGCGAGGGGCCCAUGAGCAAAUUCGCCAGAGGCUCUCGUUUCUCUGUGGCUGAACACCAGGAGCGCUACAAGGAAGAGUGCCAGAGGAUCUUUGAUCUGCAGAACAAAGUGCUGGAGUCCACAGAGGUGCUGUCCACUGAUACAGACAGCAGUUCAGCAGAAGACAGCGACUUUGAGGAGAUGGGGAAGAACAUUGAGAACAUGCUGCAGAACAAAAAGACCAGCUCCCAGCUUUCACGGGAGAGAGAAGAGCAGGAAAGGAAGGAACUGCAGAGGAUGCUGAUGGGAGAAGAGAGCGACAACAAAGGACGCAAGGAUCGGCGCAAAGGGUUAUCCAGUUCCUUAUCUGUCAGCUCCCAUAAAGAUGACGACACAUCAUCUGUCACCAGCCUAAACUCCUCGGCUACAGGACGCCGACUCAAGAUCUACCGCACAUUCAGGGACGAGGACGGUAAAGAGUAUGUGCGCUGCGAGACUGUCAGGAAGGCCGCAGUUAUCGAUGCAUAUACAAGAAUCAGAACCACUAAAGAUGAUGAAUUUAUACGAAAGUUCGCCCUGUUUGACGAGCAGCACAGAGAGGAGAUGAGGAAAGAGCGCCGGCGAAUUCAGGAGCAGCUCCGGAGGCUGAAGAGAAACCAGGAGAAGGACAAGAUCAAAGGGCCUCCAGAGAAAAAGACCAAGAAGGCCAAAGAGAGACCAGACCUCAAGGUAAAAUUGAAGUGUGGAGCCUGUGGAGCCAUUGGACACAUGAGGACCAACAAAUUUUGUCCCCUUUACUAUCAAACCAACGCUCCGCCCUCCAAUCCUGUUGCCAUGACAGAGGAGCAGGAGGAGGAGCUUGAGAAGACGGUCAUCCAUAAUGACAACGAGGAGCUGAUCAAAGUGGAAGGCACUAAGAUUGUACUGGGAAAACAGCUCAUUGAGAGUGCUGACGAGGUUCGCAGAAAGUCUCUGGUGCUGAAAUUUCCUAAGCAGCAGCUGCCACAAAAGAAAAAGAGACGCGUGGGCAGUGCAGUCCACUGCGAUUACCUCAACAAACCGCACAAGGCGAUUCACCGCAGACGCACCGACCCCAUGGUCACUCUGUCCUCUGUGCUGGAAAGCAUCAUCAAUGACAUGCGGGAUCAUCCAAAUACGUACCCCUUCCACACGCCCGUCAAUGCCAAGGUUGUGAAGGACUACUACAAGAUCAUCACUCGGCCCAUGGACCUGCAGACGCUGCGGGAGAACGUACGCAAGCGCAUGUACCCGUCCAGGGAGGAGUUUCGUGAAGCUGUGGAGCUUAUUGUGAAAAACAGCGCCACUUAUAACGGAGCCAAACAUCCGAUCACUCAAGUGGCGCAGUCCAUGCUGGAUUUGUGCGACGCUAAACUGAAGGAGAAAGAGGACAGGCUGGUGAGGCUGGAGAAAGCCAUCAACCCGCUGCUGGAUGAUGAUGAUCAAGUGGCUUUCUCCUUCAUCUUGGACAACAUUGUAACUCAGAAAAUGAUGAUCGUUCCCGAUUCCUGGCCUUUUCACCAUCCUGUCAACAAAAAGUUUGUACCUGAUUAUUAUAAGGUUAUAGCAAAUCCCAUGGAUCUGGAGACAAUCAGAAAGAACAUCUCCAAACACAAAUACCAAAACCGAGAUGCGUUUCUUUCGGAUGUUAGUCUCAUUCAUGCCAACAGCAUCAAGUAUAACGGCCCAGACAGCCCAUACACCAAGACAGCUCUGGAUAUAAUCAGCAUCUGUAAACAGACUCUGGCAGAGUACGAUGAGCACUUGACACAGUUGGAGAAAGACAUCUGCACUGCUAAGGAGGCAGCUCUAGAUGCAGCAGAUCUUGAGAGUUUUGAAUCCAUGCCUGGACCGUACACGCCACAGCCUGCUGAUCUGUUUGACAGCGGGGCUUCAGGGAGUCUGCCCAGAGAGCCCAGCAGCCUUUUCUCUGAGGGACCUCUAGUGGUUGCUCCAGAGAAGAGAGGGGGGCAGGGACGGCACAGCAGGAGGCCUGGAGAAGAGGAGUCCGAUGUGGAUAUUGAAGGUUUUGAAGAGGAAGAUGACGGGAAACCUAAAACUCCUGCUCCCGCAGAGGAUGCUGAAGGAGAUUUAGAGGAUGAAGAUGAUGAUGAGGAGAUGCUGCUGCCUCCUCGCAGGCGAGCGCACGACCAGGACGAGGACGACGAUGAUGAUGACGAGGAGAGAGACCAUAGGAGGUCAAACCACCCGGCUCAGUCCAGCGUUCUUUAUCAAGAUCUGCUCAUGUCAGACGGAGAGGAUGAUGCCAGCGAAGAGGAGGGCGACAACCCUUUCUCCUCCAUUCAGCUGUCAGAGAGCGGCAGCGACUCCGACAGAGAGGUCAACGUGCGACCCCCACCUCCACGGAGAACUCAGGAGACGGCCCGCAUGGGCAUGGAGCAGGACGAGAGCAUGAUGUCGUACGAAGGAGACGGGCCUGAUGAGCCUCCUUUAGAGGACAGCAACAUCAGCUACGGCAGCUAUGAGGAGACUGAGAGUCGCAGUCAAAUGCAGACGUCUAACAUGAUCAAUGGUGAGGAAUACGGGAUCAGCGAAGAAGAGGAGGAUGAAGAAGAUGAGGCGCGGAGAAGAGGCCCGGCUGUGCUCUCCCAGGUCCAGCUGAGUGAAGAUGAGGAGAGUGAAGAGUUUAGAUCCAUCGGGGCAGACAGCGACAUGGACUCUGACAAUUAGUUGUUAUUGGGGUUUUUUUAGGCUUUUUUAGUAACUUGAAAACGUGAUCCCACAUUUAAAAGGAAAAUGUAAAUAUGUACAGCUGUAGUUAUUUUGUAAAGGAUGAUUUAUGGACGCUUUCUGUUGUUUUCUUUUACUUUUGCAGUUCAAAGUAGUACUUUGUACAUUUCAGUUUACACUUUAUGUAAAGAUUGAGGUAAAAGUUUUUUCAUAGUAUUCAAAUUGAGUUUAUGGGUCAACCUGAUUAUAGCUCAAUGACCACAAAAAAGGACAACAACUUCUCGUUGUAAGUUUUUCUGCUGAAGUUUCUUCAUUUUGUUAAAUACAAAACUGCUCUCUUUUCAUCAUG